AUGGUUGCAACUCCAUUGAAUGUGAUUGGAAUCUUGAGGGAAGCCAUUACAAUAUUAGCAAGAAAUGGGAAGUUCAUGCUCCAAGUCAUGCUUACCAUACUCUUUCCUUUCUCUCUUAUUGGCCUGCUUCACUAUCUUUUAGCAGGCUUUUUAAUUGAAAGGGUUGAGGAUAGCUAUGAGAAGAAUUCUCCUCUUGGCCAAAAAGAUGUAAGAACUCUUAUAGGGCUUGAACUUGCUUUUUUUGCUGCUUUUUUCUUUGUAUGCUUCUUCGGAAUUAUGCUAACGAUUCAUGCAUCAGCUUCUAGCUAUCUUGGUAAAAAUAUGGGGCUGAAUGAUCUGAUUUCGUCUAUCCAUUAUGCCUGGAAGAAACCAUUGAUCACUUGGCUAUGUGUUUCUCUUUUUACUUUGACUUAUGCUGUUUUAGCCAUAGUCUUGAUCAAAUUGGUCAGCCUGCUUGAUCCUAACAGUUAUGCUAUUUAUCUGUGGGGUUGGUUUUUGACAAUUCUGGCUGCCCUUUUUUACCUUUAUCUUGAUGCAAGUUGGACUCUUGCACUUGUGAUCUCAGUUUUGGAAAAUGAUUCUUGCGGAACAAAGGGACUGAAAAGAUCAGAAAAACUUAUCAGAGGAAGAAAAAUUCAAGGGUUUCUCCUUAUGUUCAUUUUAACUGCACUUGUUGUCCCAAUCUAUGUUCUGCUCUAUGUUACAGCAAAUGAUGAUGAUGAUGAUGAUGAGCUUGGUCCCUUCGCUCAGUUUGCUUUUAGGUUUGUAGCAACAGUUCUCUUCUGCCUAUCCAAGCUCUUUGUCUCUGUGGUUUUUACUGUGUUCUACUAUGAAUGUAAGCAGAGUGAGGGGGAGAGAGUAGUUAUGGAGUUGGGAGUUGGGUACAGUUUAGGUCCUCAUAAACUUCAAGUUGAAUUCUAG